AUGUCGACGACACAAUUUAUCCCAGCAACGUCUUCAUCCAUUCUCUUCUUCCGGGCCCUGGCAAUUGCCUCGGUCGCGAGAGCAUGUCCGCACCAUUCGUUGAGGACCUUCUCUUCCAGUAUAGCCCCUCGACAAUCAUCGAAGAGAGAGUUAUACACUGCGCCGUCUUAUCAACCCCAUACACUGCCUGCCGAUUUUCCUCUCCCUCCUAGAAACACCAACAUCCCUGACACCUCGAUCGCUGGACCCAACCCGCAACUCAGUGAAAAGAGACAAGACAAAAGAGACGCCGUACAGCAGAACACACUAGAGGAAGCUGCAAGUAUAAGCGUACCAGAAAGAGUGGCACAGAAACCGAAGCCAGUACAGACGGCGCAACCCGAGCAGACCAAAACAGCGAAACCCCGGCGAAGUAAACUACGGCCUCGGAAGGCCGCCAUGACCAUAACACCCAAUGCGCUUGUCCAUCUACGCGAACUUCUGGAUCAACCCAAUCCCAAGAUGAUCAGGGUUGGUGUCAAGAAUCGUGGCUGCUCAGGCCUCGCAUAUCACCUGGAAUAUGUGGACAAGCCCGCUGCCUUUGAUGAGAUUGUUGAGCAAGAGGGGGUUAAAGUCUUAAUCGACAGCAAAGCACUAUUCAGCAUCAUCGGCAGUGAAAUGGACUGGCAGGAAGAUAAGCUGAGUGCCAGGUUCGUCUUUAAGAACCCCAAUAUCACUGAGCAAUGCGGUUGUGGCGAGUCCUUUAGCGUCUCAUAA